AUGACUAUGGCGAACAAAGUGGCCAUUGAUGAUGGAGCGAAGGGAAAAGAAGUUGUGAUCCGAUUUGAAGAUGAAGGGGGAGAAACUGUCGGCAUCGGCCCGGUCACUGUCAGAUUUCUCAACCGAUUCACCGGACAUGCACUGGGUCGUACCGCAUUUCCAGAAUCUUCUCUAUUCAGACGACUCUUCUGGCUUCUGAUAUUUCUCCUCGCUUUUGGCUACAUGACCUAUGGAAUCAUCGAUAUCAUCAAAUCAUUCAUUUCCAGCCCAAAAACUACUUCUACCCAGAUUGAGCCACAAGAGACUCUUCCCUUCCCAGUGAUCAACAUCUGUGUCCAAAAGCAUGAAACUUACGAUUUGCCUUUCGAGUUUUCUGGGAUAUUCGCCCCACUAGAAAAAAUGCUUGUGUGGAGCGGUGAUCUUCAGGAGGAGUUGAUGCGACUAUCAGAGAUAAGUGACACAAACCAGAGAGGAAAUACAACUUCAACUUCUCGCUCCGACGGUAAUUACUCGACAGAUGGGAACGAAACGCAUGAGAUCUGCAGCACACACGCAAUUGCAGAGAAAUGUACGUGGAUG